CGUUUGCUUUUUGUGUUCUAAGCAUAGCAAACUAAAUGAAUGACGAACGAAACGAAAGAAUUAUUUAAAAUAAUGUACGAUUUUGUUAUCAAUUAAAAUAAAAAAUAUAAUACAAAUAAAUUAAUUAAAAGUGGUUUUUUUAGUGUGUUUAAUUAAACAAACAAAUAAUUAUUUAUGUUGAAAAAGUUUAAUUGUUUGAGUGCGCUAGUAACAACUCUGUGUAUGGUUGCGUUCGAACAGAAAGACAAAAUCAAUUGAAUACAAAUAACGGGCCGGAUUCUUAACUUUGAAUUCAACAAGUGUUUUUCUUUUAUUGAAAUAUUUUUGUGAUAAUUUAUUAUUUUUUGUUCUGUUUGUGUAAAGUGCAGCCAAAAUGUUUGAUGUAUUUGGCUCGGUUAAGGGCCUAUUAAAAUUAGACCAAGUUUGUAUUGAUAACAAUGUAUUUCGUUUACAUUAUAAAGCAACAGUGAUCAUUUUAAUUGCUUUCUCAUUAUUGGUAACGAGUAGACAAUAUAUUGGUGAUCCAAUCGAUUGUAUUGUAGAUGAAAUUCCAUUAAAUGUUAUGGACACAUAUUGUUGGAUCUAUUCCACAUUUACAAUACCAAAUCGUUUAACAGGUCGUGUUGGUAAAGAUGUGGUUCAACCAGGUGUCGCUUCACACGUUGAUGGCGAGGAUGAAGUGAAAUACCAUAAAUACUACCAAUGGGUUUGCUUUGCAUUGUUCUUCCAAGCUAUGUUAUUUUAUGUGCCACGUUAUUUAUGGAAAACAUGGGAAGGUGGCCGUAUUAAAAUGUUAGUACUAGAUUUAAAUUGCCCUGUGGUCAAUGAGAGUUGUAAAGAAGAUCGUAAAAAGUUGUUAGUGGAUUAUUUUGCAACGAAUUUACAUAAUCAAAAUUUUUAUGCAUUCCGUUUCUUCAUUUGUGAAGCGCUCAAUUUUAUCAACGUCGUUGGACAAAUUUUCUUUAUGGAUUUCUUUUUGGAUGGUGAAUUUAGUACAUAUGGCAGUGAUGUACUACGUUUCACUGAACUCGAACCAGAAGAACGUGAAGAUCCAAUGGCACGUGUAUUCCCAAAAGUAACAAAAUGUACAUUCCAUAAAUACGGUCCUUCGGGUACAGUACAAAAGUUUGAUGGUCUUUGUGUUUUACCAUUGAAUAUUGUUAAUGAAAAAAUUUAUGUAUUCUUAUGGUUUUGGUUUGUAUUCCUAAGCAUAUUAUCAGGUAUAUCAUUAAUAUAUCGCGCAUGUGUUGUUAUGGGACCAAAAUUACGUCUAUAUUUAUUGCGUGCCCGAUCACGUUUGGCAUCAAAUGAUCAAAUUGAGAAAAUUGCACGUAAAUGCCAAAUCGGUGAUUGGUUUGUAUUAUAUCAAUUAGGUAAAAAUAUUGAUCCAUUAAUUUAUAAGGAAAUUGUUGCUGAUCUAGCAAAGAAACUUGAAGGAAAAGAAUUGGUGUAGUUUUAAAGACAGCGCUCCUCAAUUUUUUUAUAUUAACAAAUUAUCUAUUUUGGAAAUAUAUCGUUAUAUUUAAAAGCCAGGUAAAAAGUAUAAUUUGAAUGAUUAGAAAAUGUGGCUACGAAACAAGUUUCGUAAAAAUGUAUUAUCAAAAUAGAUAAUCUUUACAAUUGAUAAAAGUUUAUAUAUGAAUAUAUUUUAUACAUAAAUAUAUAUUAAUGAA